UAAAUAUAGUACAAUUUUUGUAUAUCAGUCACGUAUUACAAAUGGAGAAUAUAAAUACAUAUGCAAUAAGUAGUAGGCACUAGGUGCCUGCUGCCUAAUAAUAAAAGCUAAGGUGAAUAUUCGAAGAAAAUGUUCAAGUGAAAUUUUUAAACUGUUCUGUUACAGGAGUAUAUUGGAACGUAACGUUUUAGACACCUUCUACGAGUUUGUGACUGAAGACCCUCAGGAAGAGAGGAACAAACGUGGAAGCGUGGUUUAUGUAAAAUUCUGACCCAUUAAACUAAAAUUUCUAAAUUGAUCGCAGAUUGUAGCAGGGGUAACUUCAUCACGCAACAAAUGUAGCACACGGAACCCGUAGAACGUGCAGUCGCGACCCUAAACUCACCCUAAGACGUUCGGCUACCCUGUCGGAAGAAUGUUCCGUCUCAACAUGCUUUGCAUGUACGUGCCUUUCUGUAUCUGUCUAUCUCCUGAACCGGUAACGAUUCCCGGUCAAGGUACUAUCGCUGGAGUGGAAGUAUCCAAAUUGCGGAUCCAGAAAAUCAUAGCCUAUUAUGGUAUUCCCUACGCCCAGCCACCCGUUAAAAAACUACGAUUUGUUCCUCCGGUGACGAACCCUCUUCCGGAAAUUCAAAAUGUUUCAAGCUAUCGUUCGGCAUGUCCGCAAAGCGAAGAAGCGUACAAAGAGUCGGAAUUGCCCUUUUUGCAAUUGAUUCCCGAUUAUAAGGUUGUUGAAUAUAGUGAGGACUGUCUUUACCUUAACGUCUUUGUGCCAGUCGGUAACCAUCCAGAACUAGGAUUUGCCACGAUAAUUUGGUUCCACCCCGGUAACUUCUUAAUCGGCAACCCUAGCAUAUGGAAUCCCCACACACUGGUAUACCGACAAAGAGUGAUAGUCGUCACCGUAGCCUGGCGAUUGAAUAUUUUUGGAUUCUUUACCACGAUGGACGGGGAAGCACCCGGAAAUUACGGUCUUUUGGACCAGCAAGCCGCCAUGCAGUGGGUGAAGAACAACAUCAAACUCUUUGGGGGCAAUCCAGAUAACAUUUGUUUAAUGGGAUAUGGCGCUGGGGCAACGAGUAUAGGUUUGCACAUGACUAAUCCAAAGUCAGUAGAAUUAUUUAACAAAGCUAUUGCGAUGAGUGGUGACUACUUAUCUCCGACCACGAUAAAGAUGCCUGAAGAGGACAAAGCGUUUCUAGACUCCCUAGCUCGCAAGUUAGAUUGUACCAGGAGACCGGUAUCGAAACUUUUAGAAUGCCUGAGGUACGCAGAGGUUGAGACUCUUUUAGAAAUAGCGGGAAAGCGUCCAUGGCGUCCUUUACUAGAUGCAAGUCUCAGCAACAGCUCUUACCAACCUUUCCUAUCAGAGCCACCUAUAGCGUACUUUGAAAGCGAAGGUAGCACCAAAGUUCCUUUCCUAACUGGAUACACACAAAUGGAACAAAUCCUGGAAAUUCCCGAAUUAAACAACACUCAAAUUUCUUCAGAGGCUUUAAGAAGUUUAUUUGUUAAACUAAUGCAGCAAGAAUUACCGCAAAAUAAUGAUACAGAGUCUUCCUGUGUAUACAAUCCUGACCAUAUUAUAGAUGCUGUGAUGUUUUUCUACGGGCCUGAGCUGGCCUCGAAAGAAACGGACGAAUUUCGACAAAUUGUGACGGAUUUCUUGACAGAGAAAAAUUUUGCUGCUCCUGCGUAUCUCCAAGCUCUUCACAUUAGCAAAGAAAAACCAGUUUAUGUGUACAGAUUUGAUAUGAAACCUAGCACAACAUCUGCCGUAAGCCAAAUUCCAGAGUGGGUUACCGUUUCACAUCUUUUCGAUUUAAUUUAUGUAUGGGGGAUACCCUACUGGGAAAAUACUGGUCAGCAAUGGGAUCACAGAGAUAAGAGAAUUUCAGACACUAUUAUGUCACUUUGGACUAAUUUUGCCAAGUAUUCUGAUCCCACAGCCAAUGCCAUUUUCCCAAUAAAAUGGCAGUCCUUUACUCAAGAAAAUCCAGGCAUCAUGAUUAUAGAUGGGAACUUUGAUAUGGGUAACUCUAACAAUUUAAAUUAUAAAGCAUUUGAGUUCUGGAACGAGUAUUAUCCUAAAAUAAGAGAUGUUGCCACUAGAUGCUGUGAAAUUUCAGACUCGGGUGCAACAAAUCUUUCAAAGAACCUCUUAUCUUUUGUUAUAGUUUCACUUGUAGUUAUAUAUUAUGUUUAACUAACAUAAAUUGUAGACAUACUUAUUAAAUAUUAUACAACACCACAAAUGAUAAUAUAUUAAUAUUUUAAAUACGUACUUGCCAAACUAUUUUGCUUGAAACAGACCAUUUCCUAAAAAUUAUAUAUACAUUUACAAUAAAUAUAAACUAAAUUUGUACUGUUAUUCGUAUCAGUAAUAAUACAUAUAAGUUAUUGGUACCUCUUUAUUUUAAUGAA